AGCUCUGUGCAUUUGUUAGACGUCUUGGCUGCUUGCCCAACUUGGCUCAUUGUAAUCGAGGCAUGAUCGCCGACUCCAGGCAGCCCUCUCUGCCGCCUCGGCUGCCUUGCGCCUGGACCCAGCCCAGCUCUCACCGCUGACAUGGAAAGACCCACCGCCAGUGACAUGAUGCCCAAGAGGGAUCAUGAGAGGGACCUGGAGCUGGACAAGAAGAUCGAGGCUCUCCGCAGGAAGAACGAAGCGCUCAUGAAGAGGUACAAGGAGGUGGAGGAAGACAAGAAAAGGGCGGAGGAGGAAGGAAUGGCACUGCAGAGUCGCAAGGGCAAAGCUGAUGAUCUGACCAUCACAAUCAGCAAGUCCACCAGUGAUAGUCGUGUGGUGGUGACAAAGCCAUUCAGCAGCAGUUCACCAGCUGGGAAAGGACAGCAGGAGGCUGUGCCUGACAAGGGGGGAGAAGGGCCUUCGCAGGGCGCUGGCCGAGGCCACAGGAAACAGUUAACGGUCACCAUGGCUGGCAAAAAGGGUAAGAGGGUGGUGAGUGAGAGGCCAGAGAAGAGGCUGGGCCCUGUGGACGUCAAGAGCCCUACAGAUGACGGACAGACGAGGCAUGUGGAGUCCGCUGGGAGGGGGAAGCAGCCGCCUCACACGACCAAGAGAAACACAGCAGCACAGGAGCAUGAGAGCCUGCAGGCCAACACAGACCUCAACAUCCCUACACUGAAAGAAGAGCAGGAGGAGUAUCUGAGGUGGAAGAAGGAGCGGGAGCAGAUUGACAGGGAGAGAGUGGCACGCCAUAAAAACGCAAAGGGCCAGUGGAGAAGGGCGUGGGACAUGGACAAAACUGAGAACAUGUUUUCAGACAAAUCCCUGCCUGACAGAGACUGGGGGUCCUCUGGCAGAGGUGGACGAAAUGCUAGAAGAGGACAACCUAAGGCAAAUGUGGACUCAAGAGGUCAUGAGAAGAGAGGAAAAGACAAGGGGGCUAAAAAUGUGCUAGUGAUGAGCAGUAAAGCAAAAGGCAAAGAUCGUCUGACUGGGAGGGCGAGGAGAUGGCAGGCAAAUGAAGAUGGAGAAAACCUACAGAUCUCUGAUACAACAUUGGAGGAAUUCUUGGAGGAACUUGACGCCCUCACAGAUGUUGAAGUAGACGAUCAAAAAGAUCAGGACUCAAAAACAAAGCUUUCACCCAGCCCAGAUUCACUGAGUACGUCUGAGGAAGUGAGUGAAUCCACAGCUCCUGUGUCAACUACUACCUUGAGAGAGGACGCCUCCACUCAUGUGCGGGCAGAGGCCUCGUCCCCUCGGAGUUCGGAGAAGAAAGUACGUUUCUCAGAGGAACUCAUCCAGGGAGCUCAUACUAGGCAAACCACGGGCUCUCAGGAAUCGGCCAACUCAGAAUCAAGAAGUCAGAGCUCCUUAAAAGCUUCCUCGCCUAAAAAGAACAAACUCGAAGUGCAAGGGCCACAGCAGCCUCUUGAAAGUGCCAAGCAGGAUGAUGGGAGUCCUCAGGAUCAGGGAGGUGGUCCGCCUGCUCCUCCUGUUGCCCAGCAGCAGGUUUCUGAAACUGAAUGUACUAAAAAAGACAGCAACCCCCCCACAGCUCCCAACUCCCCCCCUGCUGAAAAAGCCUGUGCCUCUCAACAGGAGGGCUCUGUCCAGCCUGUUGAGCUUGCCAAGUGCAACAUCAGCAACACUAACACAGAGGAGCUAAUAGACUCCGGUCUGUCUGUCCUGAGCCUGGAGUCAGGAGAAACACACCCAACACACUCCACCAGCAGCGACAAGGCAAGAGAGCAUGGAAAGAUUGUUUGAUUGACAUUUUUGGGAUGGAAAUACUGAAACCAAAACACAGCGACGCAGAGCCUUGCCUCUUUGUAUUUGGAUGCAUCAUUUCGCUUCAGGUAGCUGUAUUGAGAUACCAAGUUUAUGGCUUACACACAAAACCAUGGUUUCAUUUUGCUGUGGCGUGUCCUACCCAUCGAAGUUUUCAAAUAUCUAAAAUCUGACAUAGGAAUGGUGAACCUUUUCCCAGCUCAAAUAUUUUUACAUCCAAGCACUUUAUACGUAUAAAAGUAUGUGUACUGACACAUUACACAGUAUGUUAGUAUGCUGCUUGAGUGCAAUAUCACUGAAUGUUUACAUUUGUAUGAAAAAUUUCAAGGUACAUAUCAGGAGGCUAGCUAAUUGGUUUAACUUAGGUAGCCCUUGACAAUAAUCUUCAGCCACAGUCAUAUUAUCUAGUGCCUGAUUCUGCCUUAGAGGUAUGUUCAAUAAUGGAAUAAGUCUGUAUUAUAUGAUGAUACAGUAGUGACACACCUGCAAUAGAGGGGAGUCUGUAUUUCUACUCUUAAAUCUGUGGGAGUAGAUAUUAUUUGUUAACUGCUUCCAGCAUCAAUGGCCUUCUGUGAAUUAGAAAUCAAUACAUUAUUAAAGGGCACAUUUGAGACACACUGUUAAGUUUCCAAAAUGAUACCACUGACAUAAAUGUUAUUAAAAAGAAUUUAAAGGGGAACUCCACUGAUUUCACUUGUCAAGCUCAGUUUCCUCACCAUGGUUGGUAUGACACAGCCUGUGAAAAAAGUUGUGUAAUGUCUCGGAGGAGCGUCUUGGAGUCUGAGAAAAUAACCCUGGUGACGUCAUGGUGAUGUCACCAAGAUUAUCUUUGUCUUGAAAAUCACAAAUUUACACAGAAAAACUGUCUUACAAACUGGUGUAAGAUGUGUGAUGUUUAGCAGGCAGAGAUAAUCUAACAAAGAAAUGCCAUCAGGUUGCAUUAUGGGAACUGUCAUAUCUGGUGUUUCUGCAGCUUGACUCAUACUAGGGACUUAAAGUAAGGAUGUCUCAGCCUCUGCAGCACUGAUUUAGACUAUUCAGUCUCUCCAAGGUCCCCAACUUUAUGGAAGUGCAGAUCUAAAUCACUGGAAUAUUCUUUUAAUGUCAAGCUAAUGGAGAGCUAAUAGAAAAAUCCAUACUACUAGUCUAAAAACAUUUGGCUGUUUUAAAAUCCAGCUUCAUCAGAACACUGUAGAAAUAAAAUCUCAAACUUGCCCUUUAACACAUUGCUAUUGUGUUUCCUGAAGUCGGCACAGUUUUACAGCUGAAUCCCAACUGUCUGGUCUUCCUCGGAUUCUUAUUUUAUAUUUUUAGACACUUAAUAUGGAAGUGUAAUGUAUGUCUAAUUUUACAAAUGUCAACAAUGGUGAGCAAUGACAUGAAAGUCAAGGUUGUGAAUCACAACUAAUUUGGGACCUAAAAUAUAUUUUUUAAUAGUUUUCUCAUGUUGUUUUUGAACAACCAUUCUCAAGAGUCUCAGUGCAGAAGGGUGGAACAGUCUCCAACCUUUUUCUCUGUUGAGCCUUUAUUUACCCAGAGGGACAGACAGACUUGAGCUGCUGAACAUACAUCACCCAGCUCCAUGAGGAUUCAGCCUUUAGUUCAUAGUCAAAACACUGGGAUUCAGCUGUAACUCCUUUUUGGCAUUGUUUUGUCAUUUCUCUUUUAUAGUCAUGAAAGACAACUAAUAUUUUUAAAAAGCUUCCUCACUAAGAAUUUAGUCUGUUGUUGUGCCUUGCAUAUUGGCUUCUUCAAAUACCGAAGGUGUACCUUUUUAUUUCAUGGUUUGUAUCAUAACAUACUGUAGUGUUCAUGUACUGUACUAACAGUGCAGCAUCAGUAUUGAUUUUAUUUAUUGGCCUGGCCAUUGGACAACAGAAUGUUACCUAGAAGGAUUUUGCAAAUCUAAAACUGUUUUAAAACAAUGUGUAUGUGCAUUAUAUUAGCUGUUUAUUUUCUCUGUGACAUGUAUGGAUUUGUUUUUAUUUAUUGCCAGUUCAUUGUUGUAUUUUUGGUAUCAGUGACAACUAUAAUAAGAAGCCUUACAAGAACUAUGUCCUCAAAGAAGUUUUUGGUUUUCAUCAAUGCUACAGUGUAGUAAACAGUUAUGUAACCUCAAGCAGAGAUAAUAGUGGACGUGCUCUGAGCUGCAGGGCCCUGUCAGCCUCAACUGUGGUUACAUAAAACACAAAUAAUCAGGAAUCUAGUAGAAGCACACUGGGAAAACCAAGAAACUAGUUGCAAUGAUUAUGGCCAGUCCAGCCAUGUAGAAAAAUGGGCUGUUUUUGAGUAGGGGCCUUAUUCUGUAUUAUAUAUGGAAUUUGAAUGAGUGGUAAAAGAAACAUCUGUUAAAAAGUAGCUCAUACAGAUUACCUCUGAAAUAUUAAAUUCCCUGUGGGAUUCAAUUUAGUGAAAUGAAAUUUAGGACCUACAACCAUAGAGCAGUUUGUUCAUGUUUAGCACUUGUUCAUUUAGUUUUCAGACAUUCUGCAUUGUCGCCUCACUGAAGUGACAAAUGUAAGAGGUGGUUGUGAUUGUCUUGCUCCACCCGGGUGUCCACUGCUGUCGUCCGUGUUUUCACAUACACUCGUAAGGAAGAGAGAAAAUGUACGUGUGCGCCUGCGUAUGAAUGUGUGUGUGUGUGUGUGUGUGUGUGUGUGUGUGUGUGUGUGUGUGUGUGUGUGUGUGUGUGUGUGUGUGAUCCCAGCUUUUUACUGUUCAGAGUGGCUCAUGCUAACUUAAAUCUGUGUGCGACAUAGCUUCUUUUACUGUAGAACAAUUCGGAA